AUGGGUGUCAUUGCGUAUUGCGGAUUGUACAUCAGUCGAGGACAUUUGGUCCUUCACGAUGUUUCACCUGGAUGUAUAUUUCAUUUUAAUAUUGACGAGCUGUUGAUGGAAACGUUUCGAAGUCGUGACGGGUGGCAAGUAGAAACAUCGUGCCUGAUUACUCGAGCGAAAGCUAUCCACCACCAGCCUACCAAUGCUCCUCCCCUUUUUGAUUUCGGUCUUCAGUUCAGCCUCUCUGUUGAUAUCGCAGGCAGUCGCUUGAAAACUGUUGGCUUCCGUGUCGCAGAUUUGACCGUUGAGCUCUCGAGCGCAAGAGGAGAGAAAUCGUCAAGGAAUACUACCUUGAAGCCGGAACGAGGUGCUGCCCAGAUUCUUGCUUCGGAAUUAGUCCUUGGACAUAUCAGCAAGAAGCAAGCGGACGUGUUUCAUGAACUCAAUCAGAAGGCGGACUAUUUCAAACUGUCCAGCAACGAAGUUGGAAACCCUGCGGCACCAGGUGGCAGUGCGUUCUUCUCGGCUGAACAUCUUUCAGAUCUGCACAUUGAAACUAAUAACUGUUUAUUGAAAUAUCGCACUGUAUUAGGUGGAGAAAGACGCGCUUCGUGGGGCUAUCAGUGGAAGAUCAGCGUCAACGGUUGGCUCUCAGGACAAAAGCAGAAUGCUGGAAAUGCUGUUCAAAUUAUUUCGGACAGCGUUCAGACAUCCCUUUCUGUGCAAGAUGUUGCAUGGUGGAAAGCUCACAUUGAUUCUGUUCUUCCGGUGCUAAACAAAGAAGAGCGCAUGCUGGAAAUAGGUGUUGAUCGCCUUUGUGUUGCGGGUCCUAGUGUCGCUAUAAUGGAUGCAACGUUUGAUAGGCAUCAGUGGGGACAAUCGGUCUAUAUUGGAGCUGCAUUGGUGCAGCAAAAUCUGAAGGAACCAGGUUUGCUCAUUGGGAUUGAUGAUUGUAAGAUCGAAUGGAGCGACAAGUUGGCUAAGCAGUUGAAAAAAAUGGAAACUGCUUUCUUCGCCAAUAGUGCUGGUUCAAGGACCACGUCCACUUCAAGGCGCACCUUGAAUGCUAGGCUGCAGUUGAAAAGGGCGGCUCUAUUUUCAUUGGCGGAGGAAACUUCGUUCAUUGCCUGGCUAUGUGAUGAACUAGCAGCUGAGAGCGUUAACCUGUGUGAUUUUGUGGCUUCUGCACAAAAGACGCGAUUAGUGUUUGGAGAAGUUCGGGGGACAUUUAUUGAUAUUUCAACGCUCUACAGUGUCGAGAAGUUUGUUCCACCCCAAUCAGAAGAAGAGUUAAGUACCCCAUGGCGUUGCUGGAGUCAGUCUGAUAAUGAUGUGCGUAAAAAUCGACGGCGUACCGCCAUAGGAGAGAAGAACAUGAAUGAACUACAGCUGUGUGGCGAAACAAAUAUGCUCUGUAUUUCUGUCGAAAUGUCCAGCUCAGUCCGUAACGUGACAUGUUCGUCAGGAGCCCACUUUUAUCUUCUAUGGUCUCCUCUGCUUCAUCGGGUGGUGUAUCACAUGAUCCAGGUUGUUAAGAGGACAUUCAUUGAGUCGCCCGCUGGCACAGCAGUUCCAAGAAAGGCUCCAAAACCUACUCAGUUGAGAAUGCUGACAAAUCAUUCUAUUGAAUUCGUUAUGGAGUUACCCCAGUAUCACAGGAUGGUUUGGCUUAUUCCUUCGUUAACUUUUGACUGCUCGCCUGCUGGUCUUACUGCAGUGUCGCCACAGCUAACUAUUAAUAUGAAUGGAGCCGAUAUUGUGACAGCCAUUGAUGUAUAUAUAACGCGGCGCCCUUUCGACAUUCAAAUGGAUAAUUUUCGGAGAGGAUUCGACAACUGUACAACACCUUCCAAUAAGGUGUGGACUUGGACCGCAGCCUCCUUUCUCUUCUACCUUCCGUAUGAGUUCAAUUUUGCGCAGGUUUUUGACGAGUUUAUAAACUCUAUUAAAUGGAUCAAACUUGUACAUGGAUUGACAUCAAUGCCAUUCAAGCCUGGUGGUCCACUACCAGCCGACUUUCGCCUAGUUUUCAAGGUUGUUAGGAAGGCAAGCAUCCCUGAUUCCAAGCAACUCAGAACGGAAAUAUUCCAGGAAGCCCGGAUAGAACUUGAGGACGACUUUUUCGAAAACUUGCUGCAAAUGAGUCACGAGCUUAAGGAAGAUGAGGUAUUUUCAGGGAACUUACACAAAACUGUCGCAAAGUUGUUUGUAUUUGAUUUCCCUUUUCGAGAAGCGUAG